AUGAGUAACGCCGGAGGCCUCAACGACGACGUGCUGGCCAAGGCGCACGUCGCCUCGGCCACCGUCCAGGGCACGGGCGCCGAGACCCGCGGCUCCUUCGACGUGACGGCCGCCGCCGCCCCCGCCGUCGUCGACGACAACUACUACGACUCCAAGUCGGACGACGACUACGAGGACAAGCCGACAGAGGAGGAGCUCAACACGCUCCGCCGUGUCUCGGGCCCGAUCCACUGGGGCAUCUACACCAUCGCCUUCGCCGAGCUCUGCGAGCGCUUCUCCUACUAUGGCUCUUCCGUCCUCUACACCAACUUCGUCAUGCGCCCUCUGCCGCCCGGCUCCAAGACCGGUGCCACCUACGGCGCCGAUAUCCCCGCCGGUGCGCUCGGCAUGGGUCAGAAGGCUUCCCAGGGUGUUUCCCUGGUGAACCAGUUCUGGGCCUACCUCGUCCCCCUCUUCGGUGGUUGGUUGGCCGACGCGAAGCUUGGCCGUUACAAGGUCAUCCACAUCGCCAUCGCCGUCUCGACCCUCGCCCACAUCAUCCUCGUCAUCUCGGCCGCGCCCGGCGUCCUCUCCCAGGGCAAGGUCGCCUUCGCCCCCUUCUUCAUCGGUCUCUUCACGCUCUGCUGCGGCACCGGCCUCUUCAAGGCCAACAUUUCCCCGCUGCUGGCCGAGCAGAACAAGGACACGCGCAUGCGCGUCGAGGUCCAGAAGGGCGAGCGCGUCAUCGUCGACCCGUCCGUCACCAACACGCGCAUCUUCCUGUGGUUCUACUUCGCCAUCAACACGGGCGCCGUCGGCGGCCAGAUCUCCAUGGUCUUCGUCGAGAAGUACCACAGCUUCUGGCUCGCCUUCUUGCUGCCCACCAUCCUCUUCCUCAUCUGCCCCUUUGUGCUCUACUUCAACAAGAAGAACUACCACCUCACCCCUCCCACCGGCUCCGUCCUCGAGAAGUUCUUCCGCAUGUCCAGCUUCGCCGCCAAGCGCUCCGGCGGCUACACCAAGCUCAACUGGGAGAACGCCAAGCCCAGCAACAUCCCCGUCGCCGAGCGCCCCGGCUGGUUGACCUACGACGACGCCUGGGUUGACGAAGUCCGCCGCGGUCUCAUGGCCUGCAAGGUCUUCCUCUUCCUGCCCAUCUUCUUCCUCGCCUACAACCAGAUGACCAACAACCUGACCUCCCAGGCCGGUUCCAUGGUCCUCGGCGGCGCCCCCAACGACGUCAUCCAGAACCUCAACCCGCUGUCCAUCAUCAUCAUGAUCCCCAUCCUUGACCACCUGAUCUACCCGGGCUUCCGCAAGAUGGGCUUCAACUUCACCCCCAUCAAGCGCAUGACCACCGGUUUCUUCUUCGCCGCCUCGGCCAUGGUCGCCGCCGCCGUCAUGCAGCACUACAUCUACCAGAUGUCUCCUUGCGGCGACCACGCCACCAUCUGCGAGGAGGGCCCUGCCCAGAUCAACGUCUGGGCCCAGUGUCUCCCCUACAUCUUCGUCGGUCUGGCCGAGAUCUUCACCAACGUCACCUCGUACGAGUACGCCUUCUCCAAGGCCCCCGAGAACAUGAAGUCCCUGGUCAUGUCCGUCAACCUCGCCAUGAGCGCCGUCUCCGCCGCCAUCGGCCAGGCCUUCACCCCUCUGUCCGACGACCCCCUCCUGGUCUGGAACUACGCCUGCGUCGCCAUCAUCGCCUUCAUCGGUGGUGUCGCCUUCUGGUUCUGCUUCAAGCACCUCGACCACGAGGAGGACGAGCUCAACCAGCUCAAGAAGACAAAGUUCCUCGGCACCAACCAGCCCAACGCCGUGGCUCGCGACGACGCUGCCGCCCAGGCUCACGUCUCCGAGAAGGUCUAA